AAAUAUUCCUUUUAAUUCCUAACGUCAAACAGACUGUUUUAUGUGUAAUUGUUUUUGUAAUUUUAAAGUAAUAGAAUGGUUAACGUUAAUGAAAAUCAGAUCAGAAACAUUGGAAAGGUUUUAAAUGACUCGUCGAGACCUUUGAAAGAAAGAUUCCGUGCUUUAUUUACACUAAGAAACAUCGGAGGUGAAAUAUCCAUUCAGUGUAUUGCCUCCUGCUUCUCGGAUUCAUCAGUAUUAUUAAAACAUGAAUUAGCAUACUGUUUGGGUCAAAUGCAAGAUGAAAAAGCCAAUCCAAUACUCACCCAAAUUUUGGAAGAUGUAAAACAAGAACCUAUGGUUAGACAUGAAGCAGGCGAAGCCCUGGGAGCUAUUGGAAGUAUAGAAAAUAUAAAAAUUCUUGAGAAAUAUAAAAAUGAUCCAGUGGUAGAAGUAGCAGAGACCUGCCAGCUGGCGUUGGACAGAAUAAAAUGGUUGCAGUCUCAAAAACAGGAUGAAAAACUUUCAGCGAACCCUUAUAAUUCAGUGGAUCCUGCACCUCCUUGCCAAGAUACUGAUGUUCCAGCAUUGAAGAAGGUCUUACUAGAUGAAAAUGCCAGUCUUUUUGAAAGAUACCGAGCUAUGUUUUCUUUACGAAAUUUACAAACUACUGAAUCUAUAGAUGCGUUAGGAACAGCUUUGCAACACGGGAGUGCCUUAUUCAAACAUGAAAUUGCUUUUGUUUUGGGGCAAUUACAAGAUGAAAGAGCCACAAAAUAUCUUAGGCAGUCUUUAGAGGAUAGUCUUGAAAAUGAAAUGGUUCGUCAUGAAUGUGCAGAGGCUUUGGGUGCUAUAGCUACUGAAGAAUGUACUGAAAUAUUAACUAAGUAUUUGGAGGAUCCCAAGAGAGUGGUUAAAGAGAGUUGUGAGGUAGCUUUGGAUAUGUGUGAAUAUGAAAAUAGUCCGGAAUUUCAAUAUGCAAAUGCUCUCAGUAGUUGAGAAGUUAUUGUUGAUAUUUAUGUAAAUAAAUUCUAUGAAUAUA